AUGACAGCCAAAUUGCCAGAUAGCGAAUAUCGCUCUGCGCUGGGCUUUUUCUGCGCCGAGGUAGCUUUCCUCGCCCUAUUCACUCUCAUGGUUCUCAGCACGGCAGCGCAGUCAACCAGCAAACGGACCGCCGGGCUGGUCGUAUUGUGCGCAACCACCAUGUGGAUGGAGAGUGUGGUUGUCCCCAUGUGUCUGGAGAACGAGAGGCCACACUGGGCGGCAACAGCGGCCUCGCUGCUUUGGGUCCAGUUCCUCAGCGCCUCAGACCUGAUCAUAGUUACCCGCGUCCACGCCGGGCAACUUAUCCAUCUCCGUGGGUCAAACUCGGGUACAUUGUCGGACAGUAGAGCGGCAAUGGCCCUCUUGUGGAAUGUUCGACGAGUUGGUACCCCCUGGCAGGUGAAGAAUGUCCCGUCCUCGAUCGGUCUUCGGGUGCAAACUAGGACUGGGUUCGUUCUCAAGCGCGCUGCAACUACACUCUUGGCCUAUCUAUUCGUCGAUGCCGUAGUCUCAAUGCCGCCUCCAGAACAAGCCAUGGUGCGAGCAGACAAGGCCGCUCUUUUCUCGUUGCGGAACUUGAGUACCAGCGACGUCAUCUUUCGUUCUGGCACGGUCGUCGGAUACUGGCUCACAACUGGCAUUCUCAACCUUUUCAUGAACAACGUGGGUGCCAUUGUUGCUGUGCUGUUGGGACUGAGCACUCCCGCCGACUGUCCUCCCCUCUACGGAUCGUUUUCGGAAGCAUACACCAUUCGUCGCUUCUGGGGUGUUUCCUGGCACCAGAUGUUCCGCUGUUUUCUGACAGGCCACGCCAAGCUGAUCGUCGACAAUACUCUCCCUUUCGUCUCGCGCCACUCGGCAUUCUCUCGCUACACGCGUCUGAUGAUUGCAUUUCUCAUUUCUGGCAUGAUACACCACCACGCGGAUCGGCUAAUGGGUGUGCCAGACGUUGAAAACGGAGCUUUGGUCUUUUUCCUCCUGCACGCUGCCUUCAUAAUGCUGGAGGAUGCCAUUAGGCCUGUAAUUGUCGCUUUACUGCCUGCGCGCCUUCGCCAUAUCCUGGGAUGUCUUUGGGUAUUUGCCUUCUUCGUCUGGGCCAGUCCUGUCUGGAUUUACUCCGGCAUGAGGCUGGGAAUCGACUCGACUGCUUUGCUGCCAGUUCGCAUCGUGGGGCCAUGGAUAGAGCGGUCAUUUGCCGCAGCUUGA